AUGGUGAAUCCAGGCUAUAUUCUCCACGAGCGCAAUCAUGCGCACAGCCAAGAACAUCAUCACUCCCACAGCCAUGAACACCACGAUCAACACGAUCGCCACGAGCGACAUCACCAUCACGAACACCACCGCCGCCACUACAUCCAUCCAGAGGAUCCCCGGGCCCAUCACAGCCGGCACCAGCAUGAACCUCAUGAGAAAGCGGCCGCCAGCUCCGACCCGUCACCUAGCGACAUGGCGGGACGUCCGUCAGAUUCGCAAGAGAAAUUGUCGCCUCCCACGACGGGUCCAGCCAAGCUCCUGUACGACACGGAACCGGAGGAGUUCAAGUGUUGGCCAAGCCUCCAAGUGAUCGACGAGGGCGAUCUGGAGACGGGUUCGCUCGCACGCGUGCGACUCCGUGGAAAGGAGUUUCAGGUUUGCAGGAGGUCUUUGUACAUCUUUCCGUUGAAGAGCUGCUUCCGACGACACGUCAUCGAGCUGGUAACUUGGUUCUUCUUCGACAAGUUUAUCCUCUUCCUGAUCCUCUUCAACUCUUUAUGCUUGGCCUCCUACGACCAUCGCAGUCCCGAUUCUGGUUUUAACUGGGUCUCCGACAAUGUCUUUGACCCGAUCCUCACCUGCUUUUUCACCUUGGAGUUCGUGCUCAAGGUCAUCGCAUUCGGCUUCGUCUUGGACGAGACCUCCUAUUUGCGAGACGCCUGGAAUUGGCUGGACUUCGUGGUCGUCGUCACGGGCCUCCUCCAAGUGACCAAUGCCAUGAGCAGCGAAGAGGGCGUGGGCUUUCUCCGGAUGUUUCGGAUCCUUCGUCCCCUGCGCUCCUUGAACGCGGUGCCCCAGAUGAAGGUGUUGGUGAACACCGUCUUAAGCUCGAUUCCUCGGUUGGGUAACGUGAGUAUCAUGGCGGCCUUCCUCUUCUGCACCUUUGGCAUCUUAGGCAUGUCCUUGUUCAGCGGCGUGUUUUAUCGAAGUUGCCGCCGCUUCGCUCAGCCAUUGCUCCUGGGCUCCAAUGGCACCGAGUGUUGGUCUUGGCCCCAGACUGGAGAGAUGAGGCUUUGCGGAGGACGAUAUCUUUGUGAGGACAGCCCUUUGGGUGAACAGGGCCACUGUGGUGGACAUCCGGCAGAUCCCAACGAGCUCUUUCGUCCAAGCUUCGAAGGGGGACAGCGUGGUUUUCCGUGGUGUUCAGGCUCAGAGCCCUUGAAGGUCUUUCCGGAAUCGGAGUGGAUUUCCUUCGACAACCUGGGUACGGCUUUGAUCACCAUCUUCCAGUGCAUGACCGUUGAGGGCUGGACCGACGUGAUGUACCGCAUCCAGGACGGCUAUGGCUUUGAAGUGGCGACCGUAUACUUCUUUCUCCUCAUCCCAGUCACCUCCUUUUUCCUGCUGAACGUCGCUUUAGCUGUGGUGGAUGAAGCGCGCGAGGAUUUCGCGGAAGAGGCGGCAGAUGAAGCGUUGGAGGAGGAGUUGAAGUUGGCACAGGAGGUCGAUGAGAGCGAGCUGACGCACCACUCCUCUCGGCCCCGGCCUAGUGGACGUGGCUGGAUGGGUUCCCUGGUCGGUGCCGCAGAGGACAUGACACGCGCGAUGUCCAAGGCAUUGGACGUCGAGCAAUCCGAGGAGGAGGAGGCACUUUGGUGGGACUCUCCCAUCGUCCGUUUCCUGAAAGCCAUGGCCACCAACGAGGUGUUCACAAGCGUGAUCAUGUGCUUCAUCGCUGCCAAUGUCGUGACGAUGAUGCUGGAUGGAUAUCCACCCAUUCUGGAAAUCCAGGACUUUCUGGCCACCUCUGAGAGAGUUUUCCUGGUGAUCUUUUGCCUGGAGAUGUGCAUCUUGAUCGGGGCCUUUGGGCCUUGUAGAUAUCUGCGAACCCCUGUGAUGUGCUUUGAUGGCGUGAUCGUGGUGGCGUCCGUGGUUCAGGUGCUCACCUCACCAGAUGGCCAGGGUGGCGCCAUUGCGGCGCUGCGCACGCUGCGGCUCUUCCGGGUCCUGAACAAGCUCGCCAGCCGUUGGCCUUCCUUUCGAGUCCUACUGAAGGCGAUGCUCUACACGGGGAAGUCCUUAAGCUAUUGGAUCGUACUGUUUUCCUUGGUCCUCUACAUUUGCACCUUAAUGUUCCUUCAGCUCUUUGCGACGAAGUUCCACUUCGUGGAUGUGGAUACCUUGGCAGAAGUGGGGCCGGACCAAGGCCAGCCAUGGUGUCAAGGCACCGAGGCCCUGGAGGAGCCCUUCCGACAGGACUGUAUCCCACGUGCCAAUUUUGACACCUUCUUGUGGGCAUUGGUGUCCAUCUUCCAGAUCAUGACCGGUGAGAAUUGGAAUACGAUCAUGUAUGCUGGCAUGAGGGCUCAAGGUUGGAUCUUUGGUGCUUUCUUCGUUGGGCUGAUCAUCUUUGGACAGAUCCUCUUCCUGAGCUUGUUUUUGUCCAUGCUCCUGUCGAAAUUCGAUGAAGUGCAGGAUGAAAUGGAGCAGAAAGAGGCCGAGAAAUUGAGCAAAUCCAAGAAAGAAGUGGGGACGACCAGCCUGCGCUCCCUGUUUCGUGCGGCGAGCACCCUAAGGGUAGUGGCUGAGACCUGGCGUGAGGCGGUGCAGGAGAAGAAGGUCUCGCCAGAAGAGGACGUCCUGCGGUGGUGGUGUCUCAACGAACCCGUGGCGCGUUGCCUCAAGCUGGAGACGCCAGGCAGCUACCGGGUGGAACUCUUCUUGGAGAAUGAGACCGAGGUGGCUCUGCAUCGCUUCAACCAGUGCUUUCCCCAGAGCCACGCGCGCUUGGCAUCCCCUGAUGAUCAGCUUCAAAAGAGGCCCAAGCAGCAGACGCCAGGCGAAGAAGCCGAGCCACAUAGCCCUGAGGCAACCAAGCCGCUGCGACAUUUGGAGCAACAGUUGCAGGAACUGGAAGACCUCUUGCGGCAGCCCGGAGCGCGAGAGGCCGCCGCCGAGGCCGCAGCCCACGCAGUGGCGCCUGCGGCGCCGCCCGCGGAGCUGCCGGCGGAGACGGAGACGGAGGAGUCCAGCGACGACGAGGCAGCGGAGGGGCUGCUGAAGCUGACGCUGGGUCGAGGCACCUUGGACGUGUCCCUUCAUCUUCGCGCAGCAGCUGGUGGAGGCACCGGUGCACGGCUUUGGACCGGUGGAGUACUCCUGGCCGAAUGGCUGCUUCAAGCGGAGCAGGCGGAGUUGCUGAAAGGAAAGCAGGUUCUGGAACUGGGCGCUGGCGCGGCCGCGCUGCCCUCCGUCGCCGCGGCGGCCGGCGCAGGCGCCGUGGUGGCCACCGAGGGCGUGGAGGAGGUCGUUGCGCAGAUGAGGCGCAACCUACAGGCCAAUGCUCCAGCUGUGCGGGGUGAGCAGUUGUGGUGGCAGCACACGGGGCGGCGCAGAUAUCGGAAGAAGGAGCAGUUCGACGUCGUGCUCUUCGCCGAUGGUGUGUACACCGAGCGGGGCGCCUGGCUGCUGGCCGAUGCAGCAACGGCACUACUCAGGCCAUCAGGUACGUUGAUCGGGGCACUCCCAGAUCUACGAGCUGGCAUGAGCUCCUUCGAGGAGGACUUGUCCGCGCGGGGCCUCGUGGGCUCAGAGGUGUCCUUGGAUCAGGAGAUCAUCGAUGCUGCUUCGCGGCCCUACGAUGAGGACUCCCGUGGCCUGGUGGCGGGAGGUUCCGCCAAGGACUACCGACUGAUCCUCUGGCGUUACAGCCAAGAGGUGACUGCAGCCUCCAAGCGUACGGCCACGCCACCACCGAAGAAGAAAGAGGUGGUGCCAACACCCCGGCCGCCGGAAGCUGCUGCAAAGCCCGCUGCGACCAAGGCAGUGGCUCCGAGUGAAGAGAAGGCUCCGAACCUCAAAAGUGAGUGGGGGAACAUUGCUUUGCUGUGCUUACUGUAUCUUGGUUUGAGUGGAAUGAGUGAAGAGCGAAACGAAAUCAGCCUGCAAGUUCUUGAGUGGCAACCAGAACGCCUUAUAGAGUAG